AAGUCUGUGUCAAAGGUUCCAAAAUCGACAUUGUGUUGUGAACUCUAAUAAAUAAAUAAGGUCGAAAAUGGCGGGUAACCGUAGAAGUGAUAACAAGAUGGUCUGUGACAAUAAUCGUCGCGUGAGAUUCGACAAUGCGAAUGAAGAAGACGACACCAAUCUCACUCUUUGAUAGCAUCUCUGAAGAACUGUGAAUAUCAUCAUUACCAUGUCUCAAUCUUCUAAACUCGCUAGACUUCCUAGUAUCAGAGACCGAGUUGAGGGUACCCUCUCCGCCCACCGUAACGAACUCGUUUCUCUCCUCUCCAGGUAUGUUGAUCAGGGAAAAGGGAUUUUACAACCACAUAAUUUGAUUGAUGAGUUGGAAAGUAUCCACGGCGAGGCUCAAGCUACCGAGGAUCUUAAAAGUGGUCCUUUUGGCCAAAUCAUCAAGUCUGCUCAGGAAGCCAUAGUUUUGCCUCCUUUUGUGGCAAUAGCCGUUCGUCCACGACCUGGUAUUUGGGAAUAUGUCCGUGUGCACGUUUAUGAACUUAGUGUGGAGCAAUUAAGUGUUGCUGAAUAUCUCCGCUGCAAAGAAGAACUUGUCGAUGGAACGGAUAAUGACCAAUAUUUAUUAGAGCUUGAUUUUGAGCCAUUUAAUGCCUCAUUUCCUCGACCAACCCGCUCAUCUUCCAUUGGCAAUGGUGUUCAGUUUCUCAAUCGUCACCUUUCUUCGAUAAUGUUUAGAAAAAAAGAUUCACUUGAGCCAUUGCUUGAUUUCCUCCGAGCCCACGAAUAUAAAGGCCAUGGACUGAUGUUAAAUGAUCGUAUACACAGCAUUGCGAAACUUCAGUCUUCAUUGGCCAAGGCCGAGGAUCAUCUUUCUAGGCUUCCACCUGAUACACCGUAUUCUGAGUUUGAAUAUGUAUAUCAAGGAAUGGGUUUUGAGAGAGGUUGGGGUGAUACAGCUGAACGGGUUUUGGAGAUGAUGCAUCUGCUCUCGGACCUUCUUCAGGCUCCUGAUCCUUCUCAACUAGAGACUUUUCUUGGGAGAGUGCCAAUGGUGUUCAAUGUCGUCAUAUUAUCUCCUCAUGGUUACUUUGGGCAAGCCAAUGUCCUGGGUUUACCCGACACUGGUGGGCAGGUUGUAUAUAUACUGGAUCAAGUGCGUGCCCUUGAGAAAGAGAUGCUCCUUAGGAUUAAGAAACAAGGACUUGAUUUCACACCCAAAAUUCUAAUUGUUACCAGAUUAAUACCUGAUGCACAUGGGACAACAUGCAACCAGCGGCUAGAAAAAGUAUGUGGUACUGAACAUACUCAUAUUUUGCGGGUUCCUUUUAGAUCAGAGAAAGGAAUUCUUCGUAAAUGGAUUUCAAGGUUUGAUGUGUGGCCUUUUCUUGAGACCUUUGCAAAGGAUGUUGCUGGUGAAAUUGCUGCUGAAUUACAAGGUUAUCCUGAUUUCAUCAUUGGAAACUACAGUGAUGGGAAUCUAGUUGCAUCUUUACUAGCUUGUAAAAUGGGAGUCACACAGUGUACAAUUGCCCAUGCACUAGAGAAAACAAAAUAUCCAGACUCGGGUACGUAUUGGAGGAAGUUCGAUGAUAAAUACCAUUUUUCAUGUCAGUUCACUGCUGAUCUAAUAGCCAUGAAUAGUGCUGAUUUUAUCAUCACCAGUACAUACCAAGAGAUUGCAGGAACGAUGAAUACCGUUGGCCAGUAUGAGAGUCACACUGCUUUUACUCUUCCUGGGCUCUAUAGGGUUGUUCAUGGCAUUGAUGUUUUUGAUCCUAAGUUCAAUAUUGUCUCUCCUGGAGCUGAUAUGUGCAUAUAUUUCCCCUAUUCAGAAAAGCAGAAAAGACUUACAGCUCUGCAUGGUUCAAUUGAAAAGUUAUUAUAUGAUCCUGAGCAGACUGAUGAAUACAUUGGUACACUGAAAGAUCGGUCAAAGCCCAUAAUAUUCUCCAUGGCAAGGCUAGACCGAGUGAAAAACAUUACAGGGUUGGUAGAAAUCUUUGGUAAGAACGACAAACUGAGAGAACUGGUAAACCUUGUUGUAGUGGCGGGUUACAUCGAUGUAAGCAAGUCCAGGGACAGAGAAGAAAUAGCAGAAAUUGAAAAGAUGUAUGAUCUCAUAAAAAAAUAUAAAUUAGAUGGUGAUUUUCGAUGGAUUGCUUCCCAGACAAAUAGAGCACGUAACGGUGAGUUGUAUCGCUACAUAGCAGACACGAAAGGUGCUUUUGUACAGCCUGCUUUCUACGAAGCUUUUGGUCUUACAGUUGUGGAGGCCAUGACUUGUGGCCUCCCCACUUUUGCUACUUGUCAUGGUGGCCCAGCUGAGAUUAUCCAUCAUGGCAAAUCGGGAUUCAGUAUUGAUCCUUAUCACCCUGAUCAAGCUUCUGACCUGUUGGUUGAAUUCUUCCAACGAUGUAAGGAGGAUCCUAGUCAUUGGAAUAAAAUAUCUGAUGGUGGUCUUCAAAGAAUUUAUGAAAGGUACACAUGGAGGAUCUAUUCUGAAAGGCUUAUGACCUUGGCGGGAGUUUAUAGUUUCUGGAAGUACGUCUCCAAAUUAGACAGGCGUGAAACUCGGCGAUAUCUUGAAAUGUUCUAUAUCCUUAAAUACCGUGAUUUGGCGAAGUCUGUUCCGCUCGCAAAGGAUGAUGAAAAUUAACCGAGCGGCGUCUCUCACUGUCGACAGUAUAAUCUAAUAAUAUAGAUUCCAAAUUUCUGCUUCAAGACGGCAAUCUAGUCCAUGUUCAAAAUGUGAUUAAUGAAGGAUAUUGGAUUUUGUAUGUGUUUUGCUUUGCUUAGCAAUAUUAAUCUUCAUUACAUGUAAAGUACACCUGCCACCUGUGAAAACAAGAUUGUUGUUCUUGUUUCAGAUAAUUGUCAUCCUCCUACAAUUAUUAAAACAACCAAAGCAUAUGAAGAAAAACAACCAGUUGAGGGGCUCAUACAUACAUGUUAUGUCAGUAAUAACGUGACUGUCUUUAUGAAAAACAGGUAAUAAGGUGACUGUGAGUAAACAUUUAGAAAUGGAAAAAGGAAUGUACAUUUAGAAACAGUAAUAUGUUCAGAAAUUUACUAGCUGUUAUGCAAUUGCAAUACACAGAAUUGUGUCUGAGAAAUUUAAUAUAAAAACAUGAUUAACAAUUAACAUUCAUUUAUUUUAUUUUAUUUUGCCUUUUUGACCUGUAAAAUCAUUAUAAUCAAGUAAUUUUAACAUUUCACGUUCAAUAUAUUGUUCUAUGAUAUUUCAUU